AUGUUUCCCCUGCAGGUUCUCGGCUGCUUUUUCAUAGCCCUGACAACGGACAAGAAUAAAAAGAAACUGAUGGCAUGCGCGUAUGACCUCUCAAUGUUCAAACGUGGAGACCUCCUGGAGGUCCCCCGAACUCUGUUCACCCAUUUUGGGAUCUAUCUGGGCAACAACCGUGUGGCACACCUCAUCCCAGACAUUCUGCCGGUCAUCUCGAGUGAUAAAAUUGCCAUCUCCAAGAUGGUGACCAACGACCGGCUGAUUCUUGGAGUGAUUGCGAAGAAGGCCAGUGUUCGCGUGGACUGCGUGGCUGACUUUGCGUACGGAGCGGAGAUACUUGUGAACAACAUGGACAAGGUGUGCAGUCGGCCGCCUCUCGAGGCCGAAGAGGUGGCUACGCGAGCAGAGAAGAUGGUGGGAGAUAUGGAUUACAGUCUGCUCUGGUUCAACUGUGAACAUUAUGUCAUGUACUGCAGAUAUGGCACCAGUAUGAGCUUUCAGACCUACCAGUUUUGCAAAAAUGUGAGGAAGAUUGUGUUCAGCAAGACAAAUUCGUUUCUGAGCCUACUACUGUGUGUAUUCAUCAUGGUUUACCUGGGCAGUCUGUCAGUGUGUGGGAUCUUACCUACGCUGAUCAUCCCCUUCACCAUAUGGAUGGCAUCAUGAUGUGCUCCUAAAGGCCAGGAGGGGGAAUGGUUUGGUGCUGGGCGUGUAAUCUAUGGCACUCUCAUUUCUAAAUGUGCAUUAUGUAUUACUAAUUGCAGUACAGAUGUUGAUUCAUUGUUUUAAUGUCACAAUGAGCCAGUGCUGUUGAUAAAAAGUAGCAUAGAAUUAAAAACCAAGAAUGUGUGUU